AUGUGUGGGACAAGGGCUAGCAGAAGUAAAAAUACGUCAAGAGUAAAUGCAGAACUGGAGAAUGUUCAGCUGUUGACAGGUAGUAUCUUCAUCACAGUUGAUGCUCAUGCAGUGAUCAGUUGGUCCUCUAAAUGGCUGGUUCAUGGAUGGAGGAGAACUUCAAAGCCUCUAGCUCUCUAUGAUUCAGCCAUCAGAGAGUUCUGGAAGUUGUGCUUUCAUAUUAUGAAAGAAAAAGUGGAGGUAUUAGGCAUUGAGGGACAGAACUUGAACAUGACAAAAUACGCUCUUGAGGCAAUGAAGCUAGAGGAUCAGCAAAUGAAAAAACAUGAGAGAAUGCAAAUGCUGCUAGUAGUGCAGCCACUGGACGUUUCUGGACAAGAAAGAGCGACCAGGGUGAUGUUUCCAGCUGAUCAUGAGCAGGCUGACAUGUCAUUGGUCGAUCGACCUGGUAAAAAAUGGUUGACUAAACUUGCUUUGAGAAUGUUUCAGCCAUAUACUUACAUCCAGUACCUUUGGCGUGCUUUAUUACUCACAGCUUAG